ACAGUUAGACCCAUUGACAGCUGCUUGACGUUGCGUCGAGGACUUUUGAUAUAUGCGACACCCACAAUAAUUGAUUUCGUCACGAACCCCACGUCUGGCAUUUACCCCAUCGUUCACAGGCGUUCACUCCCCUCGUAUUUGCAACGACCGUUCAAUUGCAUAGAUAAUUGGGUCCUUCAACAGGCCCACCCCAUACAGCCCACCCCAUACAGCCCACCAUGUCGAUGCUCACCAUGUUCUCGGAGAAGAUCAUGACGCUGCCGCCGGGCGUCAAUGCAUCGCCCUCACUGCGAGCACGCGAUACCUCCACAUCCGAAGUCCCCGCCGCGGGGACAUACACAUCAGACCUGCGCGAGGCGAGGCGGCGCGUGCACCACGAGGCCGAUGUUGUAAUCGUCGGCGCGGGCAUUGUCGGGUGCGCGGCGGCUGUUGCGUUUGGCAAGCAGGGUCGCAGUGUCAUUCUGCUGGAGAGGAGCCUGAAAGAGCCGGACAGGAUUGUGGGCGAGCUGCUGCAGCCGGGCGGUGUCAAUGCGCUGGAGAAGCUGGGCUUGAGGGACUGUCUCGAGGGCAUCGACGCCAUUCCCUGCUACGGCUACCAGGUCUCAUACCACAGGGAACCCGUACAUAUCGCCUACCCUGACAACCUCAUCACCGAGAAGCCGUCGAAGAAGCCGGAGGGUCGCUCUUUCCACCACGGCAAAUUCAUCGCGAAACUGCGGGCCGCUGCCCAAGCCGCACCGAACGUUACCGUCGUCGAGAGCACCGUCACCGACACGGUAAAGAACGGAUACACGGGCCAGGUUCUGGGCGUAGAAUGCCAGACCAAGGGCGAGAAAGACUAUUACUUCGGUGCCGUAACACUUGUAGCAGACGGUUAUGCUUCCAAGUUCCGCAAAGAGCACCUUCCCCACCAGCCUCAGGUCCGCAGCAAAUUCUGGGGACUCGAAAUGAUCGACGCAGAACUCCCCAUGCCCUAUCACGGCCACGUUAUCCUCACCGACGCACCUCCGAUCCUGAUUUACCAGAUUGGCACCCACGAGACUCGAAUCCUUGUCGACAUCCCCGAGGGCCUGCCCAGUGCGAGCGUCAAAGCAGGAGGUGUGAAGAAUCACAUGCUCAACGUCGUUGUCCCCAAUCUACCCGAAUGUGUACGGCCAGCUUUCAAGCGUGCGGUCGAGGCAGGCAAGCUGAGGUCGAUGCCCAACUCCUUCCUUCCUCCUGCGACACAGAAGACACGCGGUCUCAUCAUGCUCGGCGACGCGAUGAAUAUGCGCCACCCGCUCACCGGAGGAGGCAUGACAGUAGCGUUCAACGAUGUUGUUACACUUACCAACCUGCUUUCACCGCAAAACAUACCAAAUCUAGAGGAGACAGACGCUGUACUCGCGGCGAUGAGCAAGUUCCACUGGGCGCGCAAGGACGGAUCGAGUGUUAUCAACAUUCUGGCCAUGGCAUUGUACUCUCUAUUUGCAGCAAACAACGUCCACCUCACAGCCCUCAAGAACGGGUGCUUCAGAUACUUCCAGCUCGGCGGCAGACACAUCAGCGAACCCGCUGGUCUUCUGAGCGGUCUGAUUCGUAACCCUGCGGUGCUGGUCUUCCAUUUCUUCAGCGUUGCGUUCUACGCUGUGAUGUGUCGCGCAAGGGACGUGCCGGUUUGGAAGGUGCCCGCUGCUAAAUUCGAAACUUGGGGCCAAGAGGGUUUGAAUCGCAUCUACAUACAGGAAGAUGAAGAUCUACCAUUUAUGGAACAGGUGACAGACGAGCUCCCUGAGGACUACGAACUCUUCAGAUCAGGCCUCUUGCUGGGUCAAGACUAUGUUCUAAUGCAGAACCUCACAUCUGAGCAGGUGUACCAUGCAUGGCAAAUGUCAGACGCUGAGCAGAGGGAUAUCUGUAUCCGGGCAGCCAAGGCGCGACCAGAUACUCGACUGCGUGACGAGAAUCUUUAUCUGAAUGAAAACGAGAGGAAUGCGAUUCGCGCGGUGGGUGAAGACGACCAGGAAGACAUGAGAUUCUUCAUCUUUGAUGUCAGGACAGAUGACUCGGACAAUACGGGUGUGGUUCACUACCGGAGCAUUCCAGACCUUUCCGUUAAUAUCCAUGCAGGCAGGUUCCAGGAGUAA